AUGAAAUACCUAAAUUAUGACUUCAUCUCUUCUGAUCAUUUAAAAUACCUUCAUACUUAUCGUUAUAAAGGAUCAGAUCUAUCAUUGCUUUAUAAUUACAUACUUUCACCGAUUGCUGAAUAUUGUUUAAAAUUCGUUCCUUUGAAUGUUGCGCCUAAUGUGCUCACAUUACUGGGAUUGAUAUGCGUGAUAAUUCCACACAUUGUUUUCUAUUUUGUUAUGGGUGACACAUUUAAUGGAUUCAUCCCAAAUUGGUUGUUGUGGUUUACAGCCACUCUCCAUAUGCUUUAUAUGAAUUUUGAUAAUUUAGAUGGAAAGUAAGCUAGAAGAACAAGAAAUUCUUCACCACUAGGGAUGAUCUUAGACCAUAAUUUUGAUUCUAUGAUUAUUUUAUUAUAAGGUACAAAUCUAACCACCGCCAUGUAAGUUGGAAAUAAUAUUUUUUCAGUUGUUCUUUAUAUCAUCCCAUCCAUACCAUUUUAUUUAAUUGCUCAUGAAGAAUAUUAUACACAUGAAAUGAAUCUGCCAAUCAUUAAUGCUGCAGCAGAAGGCACCAUUAGUGUAGCCAUUUUCUUUGCAAUCACUGCUUAUUUCGGAUGUGAUUGGUGGCUGACUAAAUUACCCACUCUUUAUGAGCUAUAAGUCAACCACUUUGUUCUAGUUGCUUUUGCUUCAUCUGUCUUAAUCACUAUGCCUUCAGUAAUAUUCAAAAUACGCAAAUUCACCACAGCAUCAUCUUUAUUUAAAUAACUUCGAUACUUCCUGUUUUGCAAUGCUGUCAUACUCUAUAAUAUAUAUUUCUCAAAAACUAAUGCUAUUGAACAGCAUGUUAGAGCUUAUAUGUACACAAUUGGUUUUACUAUGUCAAAAUCAGUAGGUAUUGUAGCUUUGAAUCAUGUUUGUAAUACGCCAUUGCCAGCAUAUUUGAAUUCUAUUUAUUUCUUUAUUCUUCUCUUAAUAAAUACAAUUUCAGGAUAACUAUUAGGACAGCCAAUACUAAAUGAAGGAUUAUUAAUUUAAUUCAUUGCUUUAUCAAGCAUUUUCAUCCAUAUUCAUUUUCUAUACAAUAUUGCAAGACAGAUAUCAAAUGAAUUAAACAUUAAAAUUUUUGAAAUCAAUAAGCCUAUUAAAUGAUAAAAUUAUUUAAAAAUUAAACAAAAUAAUAAUUUCAUAUCAUAUUUUAAAA